GGGCUUUGCUCAGGCUCUGCUUGGCUGUGCAUGUGAGCACAGAUCAUCGAUGUCGGACAGCGAGCGCACGAGCGUUUGGAGUCUCCGCGGUUCUCACCAAACAUAGGAAAAACGGAUGCAAACUGUUUAAAUUGUCGUAUGUUCAGGACGAGACGCACGGGUCUGGUUCGGCGACUCUGGAGAAGCCGUUUGGUCACCGCAGGUAAAGAAGGGGGAGAUGGUGGUCCGGAUGACUGGAGUGACAGCAACCCGGAGAAGAUCCCCAGAACGGAAUACGCACCGGGAAACAAUGCGGGCUCGUGCAGCAAACGCGUAGAGGAACGCGGGGAACCGGAGAUCCUUAUUGAUCAUGAUGGACCCCUCAACGAGGGGAGCGAGGGCAGGACGGUAACAUGCUGUUUGUUUAGAGACCUCCCCAGGGGCAAAAACAGACUUGCUUGUCGUGUAGAACAUAGGAACCACAACAACUACAGCAGUUUGAGUGGCAGGGAACGGAAAAAUGGUGCCGUGACCGAGCAAGAACUCAAGAAGUGCACUUAUGCGUUUCUCAAAAAGUUGAAAGAGAAGUCUCUGGAUGUUUUACUGGAAGCUGUGGAGUCUCAAGGCGGGAUGCCAAGUGGAUGUGUUCUGGUUUCACAGACUGAAGUGCGAAUUGGAGGUCAGCUGGUGUCUCCACAGUACCUGCUGUGUCGACUCUUCCGCUGGCCAGACCUGCGGCUCUCCUCUCUCCUCAAACCGCUCUGUCACUGUCAGAGCUUCAGGGCAGAGGACAGCCAGACCCUCUGCUGCAACCCCCAUCACUACAGCCGCAUCUGUGGACCAGUCGGGGAUGACACACCGCCUCCUCCCUACUCCCAUUUAUCCCCCUUACCAGAACAUAAGCCACUGAAUUCUUCCCUCCCAGUGAUGCCUUACAUAGAAAUCGAAGCCACGCGUUCACUCGGUGGCAUAUCGCAGGACUAUUCAGAUGUCAAUGUGUCUUCCUCCUCCCUGGCUCAGAAUCACUGGUGUAACGUGGCAUACUGGGAGCUUCGUACACGCGUGGGCCGUCUGUACCCAGUUCAUGACUCCUCUCUUAGCAUCUUCUAUGACCUACCUCAGGGUACAGGCUUGUGCUUGGGCCUGCUCCCCCUCUCUCCGCGUUCCACCUCCGUCCAGCGCACCCGUGGCAAGAUCGGACACGGCAUCCUCCUCAGCAAAGAGCCAGAUGGAGUAUGGGCCUACAACCGCAGUCAGCACCCUAUAUUUGUGAAUUCCCCAACUCUGGAACAUCACCCCUACCUGAGUUUGACUGUGAGGAGAGUCAUGCCAGGCUACUCCUUAAAAGUUUUUGACUAUGAGAAAUCGUGCCAAAUUCAACCCCCCAGCGAUUUGGUGCACAUGGAAGGGCCAUACGACCCAAACAGUGUGAGGAUCAGUUUUGCCAAGGGCUGGGGACCAUGCUACUCAAGACAGUUUAUUACAUCAUGCCCAUGCUGGUUAGAGAUUUUACUGAACAACCACAGAUAGCAUAUACAUAUCAACAAAUGCAGACAUAUACAUCGCUCUUACCACACCCUGCACACACUCACUACAAACGCUCAGACACCCGCAGCCACAAUCCCAAAUGUAAUCUAUCUAAAUUUAAUAUAAAGUUUUAUAUAAACAUAUUAUAUGGAAUACUUGUAAAUACUGAGUCAUUUUUACAACAUAAUUAUUUAUGUAUGGUGCAAUGUCUAUGGAUGGACAGA